AUGUAUAAUGAACGUAUAAAAGGUGAUCUGGACUCCAUAUCUAUGGUCUUCACAGCUACCAAAUGUUGGUUCAUUUGGAAAGAAAGGUUCCUAAGAGUGUUUGAGAACAAAUGCAGGACACCAGAAAAACUAGCUCUAGAUAUUCAAAGACACUAUGAAUAUUGGCAUCCUUUGACUCUCUCAUCAGUAUCACCAUCUCCUUUACAUAAUAGCAUUAGAAUACAAUCUAGGCCUUACUGGAAUUUCCCAAUAAGAAAUUUCUAUAAAUUGAAUUGUGACGCUUCAUGGAUUUCGGCUAAUACUAAUGCAGGGUAUGGUUUUAUUCUGCGCAAUUGGUCAGGUUCUUUCAGGGCAGUAGGAAUGGGCAGUUGCAGGACUGAAUCUGCAGAAGAAGCGGAAGUUGUAGCUUUGCUACAGGCUACUCAAUGGGCCAUCACACAUAACCUGCAAAAUCUGACAAUUGAAAGAGACAAUCUAAAUACUAUCAAGUAUUUACAAGGCACACAUACCUCAAUCGGAUGGAAAUGCUUGGAAGUACUAGAUGAAGUGAAGAAGUUGACAGAGAACCUAAUUUCUUUUGGGGGAUUCCACCUAGUAGAUCGAAAAGCAAACAAAGCAGCAGACUAG